AACUGCUUUCAUCUUUCCUCGGUGACGAGAACGGUGUGUGCGUGCUGUUUCUGCUAGCUAACAAAGCAAAGACUGAACUAAAGAGCAGAUUAUCUCUUCAUUUGUGUUGAAAACAAAAAACUGCAGCCUCCACUUUGAAGGAGUUACCCAAAAGACGACAAAAGUCACCUUCGUUUGAAACUACGCAGACUAAAAACAACUCAACAGCAACCAUGUUUGAGGCACGCCUGGUCCAGGGAUCCAUCCUGAAGAAGGUGCUAGAGGCUCUGAAGGAUCUGAUCACAGAAGCCUGCUGGGAUGUCAGCUCGUCCGGUAUCUCCCUGCAGAGCAUGGACUCUUCUCAUGUGUCUCUGGUCCAGCUAACCCUGCGACAUGAUGGUUUCGACUCAUACCGCUGUGACAGAAACCUCGCCAUGGGAGUCAACCUCAGCAGCAUGUCAAAAAUCCUGAAGUGUGCGGGAAAUGAAGACAUCAUCACCCUCAGAGCAGAAGACAAUGCAGACACACUUGCCCUUGUGUUUGAGACACUCAAUCAGGAGAAAGUGUCAGAUUAUGAGAUGAAGCUGAUGGACUUGGAUGUGGAGCAGCUUGGUAUUCCAGAGCAGGAGUACAGCUGUGUAGUGAAGAUGCCCUCUGGGGAGUUUGCCCGCAUCUGCCGUGACCUGUCCCAGAUUGGCGACGCCGUCAUGAUCUCCUGCGCCAAGGAUGGAGUCAAGUUCUCUGCCACUGGAGAGCUGGGCACAGGAAACGUCAAGCUGUCCCAGACCAGCAAUGUAGACAAAGAGGAUGAGGCAGUCACUAUUGAGAUGAAUGAGCCUGUCCAACUGAUCUUCGCCCUCAACUACCUGAACUUCUUCACCAAGGCCACGCCGCUGUCAAAGACAGUCACCCUCAGCAUGUCUGCUGACAUCCCCCUCGUGGUGGAGUACAAGAUUGCUGACAUGGGACAUGUCAAAUACUACUUGGCACCGAAAAUCGAUGAAGAGGCCUCUUAAGUAGUUGUAUGUCUGAACCAAAAAGGGAGAAUAGAGAAAGCCGUCAACUGGGACACUUGGGUGAUCUGGAGGUAGCUCUGCAUUUGAUGAUCACUCUGAGGUUUCUGACACCACAAGGUGGAAGGUGUAGUUUCAACAUUUAUUUCCAGGCGGCCGUAUGAGUGGUAUCAUCUGUGUAAUGAGGCUUCAGUGCUUUGACUCUGACGUUCAAGUGGCAAGCUGAAGUCCAAACAGCUUGGUUUAAAUUCCAGCACUUGUUAAUUCCACUUCUGUCUCUAUUUUUGCCCGUUUUGGAAAAGCAUUUAUCAAGCAUCCCAUUCCUUCUUGUAGAUAUCGUAUUUGUAAAUACUUCCUGUGGUUUCACACUGCCAACCCACCCCAAAUGUUUUUGUAUUCAUUGAUUCAGUCCAAAAUAAAUGAUUCAAGAUGUUUCCAA